GUGACCAUGCCCAGCCUGCUCGUGGGGCUGUGGACUGGACCUUACCAUAUCUCCUUCACAGCCUGCAUGACACAGCUUUUCUUCUUCAUAGUCCUCAUCUGCACGGAGUGCACCCUCCUGGCCUCCAUGGCCUAUGACCGUUACGUGGCCAUCUGCCGCCCACUCCACUACCCACUGCUCAUGCGGCCCCAGGUCUGCCUGGGCUUAGCCUUGUCCUCAUGGCUUGGGGGGCUGCUGGUCUCAGUGGCCAAGACAACAUGCAUCGCCAGCCUGUCCUACUGUGGCCCCAAUGUCCUCAACCAAUUUUUCUGUGACGUCUCCCCUCUGCUCAACCUGUCCUGCACGCAUGUGGCUCUGACGGAGCUGGUGGACUUCAUCUCUGCAAUUGUCAUCUUCUGUGGAACACUGUUGGUAGCAUUGGCCUCCUACUCAGCCAUCACGGUGGCUGUGCUCCGCAUGCCAUCAGCUGCUGCCAGGCGCAAGGCCUUUUCCACCUGUGCAUCCCACCUGAUUGUGGUGGGCAUCUUCUACUCAGCAGCCCUCUUCAUUUAUUGCCGGCCCAGCCGUAUCAAGUCCAUGGACCUCAACAAGGUGCUGUCUGUCAUCUACACUGUGGUCACGCCCAUGUGCAACCCUGUCAUCUACUGCCUGCGCAACAAGGAGGUCCAUGUAGUGCUUCGGAAAGCUCUCCACUGGCCUUGA